GAAUGAAGUUAGAGAAAGCACCUGAAACGAACGUAGCGGUACCCCUGUUUUUGUCGGUAAUUAUACUUUAGUUUAUUUCCCAUUUAUUGUGUACCUUUAUGCUGUUUAUAUUGUAAUUCUGAUAAAAACAGGUUUGAUCCAUAUCUGUGCCCUUGUAGUUUUUCUUAACGAAAGGAAAAAUCUGUACUCUUUAGACGUCAUUCACUUUGUUUUUAAUCGGGUGUAGAAGUAUAAUAAGAUUGUAAAUUCAAAAGGAAUAUUUCAACAAUGAAUCCAAUAACAAAUGCAAAGAACCAAAAUUUAAUGAAUGAGAAGGAGUUGUCUCUCGGUCAUACUGGGACGGUAAGCAGUUGGCACAGACAGUAUAAAGACUCAGCGUGGAUAUAUGUUGGGGGUUUGCAUUAUGAUCUUACCGAAGGUGAUGUUAUAUGCGUGUUUUCCCAGUACGGAGAAAUCGUCAACAUUAAUUUGGUACGGGAUAAGAAAACGGGUGUGUCAAAGGGAUUUGCAUUUUUAUGCUAUGAGGACCAAAGAAGCACAAUACUAGCUACAGAUAAUUUAAACGGAAUAAAACUAGCCGGUAGAACAAUUCGUGUAGACCAUGUAGACAAAUAUCGUGUGCCAAAAGAAGGAACGCUUAAUGUCGGACAUACGGAUAAAAAACCUGAAUUCAAGCGACCCACAGAUGCAGUUUCUGAAUUUGUCAAAGAACACGGGUGUGGUCCUGAAGUUAUGAAAGAGCUUAAACGAAUCCAGCAGGAACAAGAAGAAGCAGAGAAAAAACGUCUUGAGGCAAUCAAAAGACGAAAUGAAGAACGGGACAGACGCCAUCGUAAUCCAGAAGAGAGAUUCAGACAUGAUCGACAUUCGAGGCAUCGAGAGAACAGAAGGUCAAGAGACAGAAGUGACAGAGAACCUCAUUCAGUGGUUAAAAAAGAACCUUAUAGCAGGAGGAACUCACCUAGACAUAUGCGCAAUCCGAGCCCUUCCCCACCACAUAAAGUUUCUGUUAAACUAGAACCCGCGAGUCCACCAAGAGUUAGACAUUGAGUCCACAAUGAGAAACUCAUUGUAUCCUAUUGUACAUAUAUUAUGUGUGCAGUCUUUCUCAUGAACUGAUAAAAUUAGUCCGAUCACUGAAUGAUCAUUGUGUGUAUAUUAGUAAUGAGGGAUUUUACAAUUUUUGUUUUGUACAUAAUCUAAUUUCACAUAAGAGAUAUUUUAUUUUCUAACAAUAUAUAAAUAUUCUAACCAAGAUAUCUUGAUAAUGACCUUUAUUAAC